GACAGAUUUUCUAACCUCAAACGUCACCAAUUUUACCGCUUUUGUAUUACAUUUACUGUAGCGUGGAAGAAUAGGGUUAUACUGAGAGAUUAAGUGUGUCAGAAAGCCUUCUAGGGCUGAAGACAUAAUAAAUAUGGCAUAAAACUCUUUCAAUGUUAAUGUUUAAUUGUUCGCUUUGUAGGGCCGAGUGAACGCUUUCUUUCUCGGCCAGAUUUUUUUGUUUCAAACUAAAAUAAAUUGAUUGAGCACAAAUUUAUCACAAAAUCUAGGUGACUUAUUACAAAUUUAGGAUCGACUAAUAGCAAACUAUCAAUAAAAAUAUUAAUGUUGAAAAAUGUAUGUAAAGUAAAAUGGAACAGCUCUAUGUAUGCAUGUUGUGCGACAAACACAAACAGCAAGUGUCAUCAACAUAAUAUCAGCGAAAAUAAAUCAAGAGAAUAUUAUAUACUUUAAAAAAACAAAAAAUUUAAAUACAUUCUGCAACUUUAUUGAAAGACAUAGUUUUAUACAAUUUUAAUCUUCUCUUGAAAUUAAAACUUGAAAAGUCUCAGAAAUGGGAUCUGAGCAGAGUUCUCAAAGUGGUGGUCAAGGUACUAGUGGUGGUAGAGCAAGAACUGGUCAACUCAGGCGUGGCAAAAGUGUUCCGAAUCGUGAGAAAGUACCGGAAGAUACACCACCAAGAUGUAUCAGUCCUGGUGCUAGUAUUUGUUCUGAUUCUGACCUUCCGUACAUUUCUUAUACUGUGAAUAGACCUAUUGGAGAUUCACCAAAGAUGACAAACAAACAAUCACAACUAUAUAGAGGAAAGACUAUCGGAGCUGGUGAGAUAUCAAGACGGAAAAAUAGUUUGAGCGCUGCAACUCACAGCCAUAAAAAGACCAACACAGACAGCAAAGUACACAAUAUUGUGGUGGUGAAACCUGCUCAAGCAGACCCUACCGCGGACAAAGAUCCAGAUUUGGUGAAGCUACAGAGUAUUCCAAUGUUCUUACCGAUUAUGCGUGGCACGCUGAACCUACCACCAGGUGUACGAGAUCCUGAAGUUUUAGAGAGACUCGAUCCAGUUGGCUUGUUCAACUUGUGUGCGCGUUAUCAGCAUCAUUUGAACACAAAUGCACAAAUGAUAGCUACAGAACAAGCUGCUCUGUGUAUCAACAUGGAAUCUGAGCUGAAUAAAAUGUUGAACCUCGCCGUAGAUCGGCAGAAGAGGUUUGCCAGAUUCGCCGAUCAGUUAAACAAGGUGCACGAGCUCAGCCGCCAGCUCACUCGGUGCCACUCGUUGCUCAAUCAAACUCUUGAAAGCCUCGAAACGCUCAACAAUCUAUUGCCGGUGGAAGAGAGACUCGAGCCCUUUGUCUGGACCACAGGUUGAACCGAAGUCGAGUAUAGAAUACCGCACCUGAUGAUUGUUACCUUUAUUCAUUGUUUUAGCAAGGAAACCUAUAUUCUGUAAUUACAUUGUUUCACAAAGUUGUGACUAUAAGAAAAAAAUAGAUUGUCUAUAUUAAGAAUUUCAAUACACUUGUAAAAAGCUUCACUGUAUAGAGAAUUUUAACACACUCAAUCCUUACAUACAAAGAAGACAAAUAAAACAUUAAGUUUAAGAAAGAAACAAAUAUACAAUAUCAAAAUAA